CGCAAAUUGCCCGCGUCGACCAAGAUGGCAAGCGAACCAACAUGGGUCGUCGUGUUGUCCAGCCUCCGCGCGACGGACCUGCCGAUUGCCGAUCCGUCCUUUAUGGGAGGAAGCAGCGAUCCGUACCUUACCUUUAUGUGCUUGGAACAAGUCAAGGCAACGUCAUGCUUGCCAUCGACUCUCAACCCGGUGUGGGUCGAAGAGAAGUUCCAGUUUGAAUUGCGAGGGAACCGCUUGAACGAGUCGACAUCUCUCGUCGUUAAGGUGUGGGACAGUGAUGUGGUGUCGGCAGAUGACUUGAUCGGGUCGGUUGAGAUCCCUUUGGGGUCCAUUCAACGAGGCCGCCAACCGAACGCCGACGUGUCGACGUUUCCAAUCGUGCUUCAACCCGAAUUCACCAAACAACGGGUAUCUCCGCAGCUCCAUGUGAAGAUUGAUAUCCUGUCGGAAGCUGAAUCUUUGGACGAGAUCACGCACGAAGUGUGGGAGAACGAGCGAGCCAGCCGCGGCCUUACAGGCACCACCUGGAGCAAAGCGAACCUUCAAGCUAACGAACGCAAGCACUGGAGCACGGACAAUGGUCGCAUCUCAUCCGACAAAUUCGACGCGAUCACACCGGCGGUGCCGAAAGGGUACUCUGCAGGCUCGUGGCACUACGUAAAGGCCCUGGGCGACGACGAUGGGUGGGUGUACGCGACUUCAUUCAACGGACCAUGGUACAAAAAGCAAGGCAUGCGCACGACGGUGCGGCGGCGACGGUGGCUGAACUCGUUCGUCAAGGAGCCCGAGAUGCAGGAAAAUGAGUUUUAAGAGAGUCCCACAACAGGCAGUCGGGUCUCGACCCUUGUACGACCCACUUCAUCCUAUCUGAGCGGGUUGUUCGUCCGUCGAUGAUGGUUCCUUCUUCUAUCCCUUCAUCGAGGAGAGCCAUCCAAGGGCGUCAAAACCACCAACGCCUGAGAUCCCGAGCUCGGGUCGCUCUUGUGUUUCAGUGGCUGCUAACAGGAGCGACCCCCACCACGUAAACAAGUGCCCCGUGCAAUCGAUUGAAUAGUAACUGUUCAGUGGAGCACGACCGGGCUGGCUGUACGAACCGAGACCUCUACAGUGCACUCUUUUCUGCUCAUCACCUUCCAGCGACCAGACAAGUACAACCACCGUGAGCCCAGGAUCUUCGACGACGGAGAUUCCCUCUCUUUGCCCUCCUGUGCUUGCCGUGGUCGGCCUCCCUCUUCCCCAACUGUUGAUUCCACAGACGACCAUGGCCACAUGUUUUGCGCCUGGUGCACGUGACAAGGCCAACGAUCGACUCCCUUGCUCCUCUUUCGCGUCGUAAGGUUGACCAUAGAGAGAGCGCUCGUCGCACCAGGCCGUCGGCGACUUAAGCCAGAGAAGAUUUUUGUC